CCACUACCAACCCUAAAGUAAGACCACCUAAUAAACCAACAUAGAGAUCAACCAAGAAGGAAUCCAUCCAAAAGAAGAUCUCAAAAAGUUAAUACUCGUAGUAUCAUUGACAUUACUAAAUUAAUCACCUAACUGGACUAAUAAACAACCACAAAGGUGAGCUAAGCUUCACUUCACCUUGAAAAACAUCACAUUUUCUCUAUCAUCAGCAAACCCUUAUUUUAAAACCCAAGAUAAUUGGGUUUUUGGGCAAACCAAUACGCAAAUCAACUUUGAUAUUCUUAAUAAUUUCAACCCCUGUCGCAUUCACCCAACUCUCUUAACACAAACUUCUUCUUCUUGCUUAUUUCUGCAACACACAGAAAAAAGAAGAAGAAUUUGAGGUUUUUUCAACCAUAAUUUCUUCUUUUUUCACUCUUAUAAAGGAAGGAUGUCUCUUUCUGUAGUUCAGGGGUUUACCAAAUCACUGGCCAUGACUGUGCUUUCUGAGAUCGGUGACAAGACCUUCAUUGCUGCGGCGAUCUUAGCCAUGCGUCAUCCAAGAAGACUUGUCCUUUCUGGUUGUCUCUCUGCUCUGAUAGUGAUGACCAUUCUCUCUGCUAUUGUUGGAUGGGCUGCUCCUAAUUUGAUAUCUCGUAAGCUGACUCAUCACGUUGCAACAUUGUUGUUCUUUGGAUUUGGAUUAUGGUCACUAUGGGACGGUUUUCAUCAGGAAGGGGAAGCCGGAGAGUUGGCUGAAGUUGAAAAGCAGUUGGAUGCUGAUUUCAAGGGCACUACAACAGCUACAGUGAACAAGGAUGAUGAUGAAAACAAAAAGAAGACGAGGCCAUUUCUUACACAGUUUUUCUCACCAAUCCUUUUGAAGGCGUUCUCCAUUACUUUUUUUGGCGAAUGGGGUGACAAGAGCCAGCUUGCUACCAUUGGUCUAGCUGCAAAUGAGAACCCAUUCGGUGUUGUGCUCGGUGGAAUUCUAGGACAAACAUUGUGCACCACAGCUGCUGUCUUGGGUGGAAAGAGCUUGGCAUCUCAAAUAUCCGAGAAAGUGGUUGCUCUUUUUGGUGGUGUUCUUUUCAUUAUUUUUGGGAUUCAAUCCUUCCUUUCUCCAGUCGACUAAUCCCCUUGUAAAACUAUUCAAGAGCGAUUGAUGGUCGACCAAAGCUCCAAAACAGAUAAAACAAUAAUGUUGCAGUUCUACAAGGGAGCAAGAGACUUCUGAAAUGACAAGUUGCUUGCCGCUCUGCAGCUAUAAUUGUAGAAUUAUUCUCAUUUUUUGCUGGAUCUUAUUAUUUCGCACAGAACUAUAUUUAUAGGAUUACACACAUGUUUUAAAAUAGGAGUCAGCAUUAAUGUCGGAUCAUUUUGUACUGAAUUAUCAAAUCCCCAGUGAAAAUUUUCUGGGUCAAUGCUGCUUUAUUUGGCUCUGGAUAAUAGCAUCUACCUUUAGAUGUAGUUAUAAUAUGACCUCUUUAUCAA